GCGCCCGGGCUGCGGUGCGAGCGGACCCGCCGCGGGCUCGGGUGCGGAGCAGGGGCGCGCGGCGCGGUGCAGAGCGGAGCGGCCCGGCCCGGCUCGGCCCAGCCCAGCCCGGCGCGGGCAGCCGCGAGCCGGCGGGUGGCGGUAGAGGCGGCGGCGGCUUCCAGCCCCGCUGGUGCUGGGCCUCCGACCGAGCCGCGGCCGAGCGGGGCCUCGGCCCGGGCGCUGGGGGAGCCCGCGGCGGCGGGCUGCAGGAGGAAGCGGCGGCGGCGCGUCCCGAGGCGUGCGCGCCAUGUCGGGUGGGCCCCCCAAGGCCCUGCCGUCCACGGGGCCCCACUCCCUGCGCGACAUGCCGCACCCGCUGGCCGGCUCCAGCAGCGAGGAGGCCGUGGGCGGCGACAGCACGCCCAGCCCGGACCUGCUGAUGGCCCGCAGCUUCGGCGACAAGGAUCUCAUUUUGCCCAACGGCGGUACUCCAGCAGGCACUGCAAGUCCGGCGUCUUCAUCUUCCCUUCUCAACAGACUUCAACUUGAUGAUGACAUUGAUGGUGAGACCAGAGACCUCUUUGUCACGGUUGAUGAUCCCAAGAAGCAUGUCUGUACAAUGGAGACCUACAUCACCUACAGGAUCACCACCAAAAGUACUCGGGUGGAGUUUGACCUGCCAGAAUAUUCUGUUCGUCGAAGAUACCAGGAUUUUGACUGGUUGAGGAACAAACUGGAAGAAACCCAGCCCACUCAUCUCAUUCCCCCACUCCCUGAGAAGUUUGUGGUGAAAGGUGUUGUGGAUCGUUUUUCAGAAGAGUUUGUGGAGACCAGAAGAAAAGCUUUGGAUAAAUUCCUGAAAAGAAUUACGGAUCAUCCUGUGCUCUCUUUCAAUGAACACUUUAAUGUUUUCCUCACUGCUAAGGACCUGAACGCCCACAAGAAGCAAGGGAUGGCGUUGCUGACGCGAGUGGGUGAGUCGGUCAAGCACGUCACUGGCGGCUACAAGCUGAGGAGUCGGCCUCUCGAGUUCGCAGCCAUAGGCGAGUACUUGGACACAUUUGCGCUUAAGCUGGGAACCAUUGAUCGAAUAGCCCAGCGGAUCAUCAAGGAAGAAAUAGAGUACCUUGUAGAGCUGAGAGAAUAUGGGCCUGUGUACUCCACAUGGAGUGCGUUAGAGGGGGAGCUGGCCGAGCCCCUGGAGGGUGUGUCAGCCUGCAUUGGCAACUGCUCUACAGCCUUGGAAGAGCUGACAGAUGACAUGACAGAAGACUUUCUACCUGUGCUCAGGGAAUAUAUUUUAUACUCUGACUCCAUGAAGAGCGUGCUGAAGAAGAGGGACCAAGUGCAAGCCGAGUACGAAGCCAAACUGGAAGCUGUGGCUCUGAGGAAGGAAGAGCGGCCCAAGGUACCAGCAGAUGUGGAGAAGUGUCAGGAUCGGAUGGAGUGUUUCAAUGCUGAUCUGAAAGCCGACAUGGAGAGGUGGCAGAACAACAAGAGGCAGGACUUCCGGCAGCUGCUCAUGGGAAUGGCCGACAAGAACAUCCAGUAUUACGAGAAGUGCCUCAUGGCGUGGGAGUCGAUUAUCCCACUACUGCAGGAGAAGCAAGAGGCCAAAUAAGCUCCUUCCUGGGACAGAGACCCUUCUACCUACGCAGGGCAUGGCGCCCACACCGGAACGUCCCUGCAGGGCUAGUGAGGUGGCACGGAGAAAACAACCACAGAAACAUCUCUCCUUUGUGUAUUUCUUUCCCUUCUCCCCCACCACCUUUGUCUGACAGUUGUUUUCAAUGAGUAUUUAUUCCUUGAUGGAGUCUGUAAGGCUGUCAUCAUCUCUCGGCGGAAGACGUGUACCUCCGUGGUGUGAAGGCACCUGUCCGUUGGGCCACUGUGAAGAUUUGAAACCGAGGGACAAGACAGCUCUCAGCUGCCGUUCUGACAUCUCAUUACAGUCCCCUCUGUGGGGACAGCAGAGUUGCCUGGCAUGGAGGAGAAGCCGGGCCCUGCUUCACGAGGCCGUGAGGAAGGCAUGAACAGAAGGCAGCUCUGGCUUUCCGCGGAUGCACGGCAGCUCUGGAAUUGCCCUCCGUGGACCUUGACUCGUCUGGGCCUAGAAGGAGGUGUCGGUGUCUCCGUGGAAAGCCCUUCACGUUCCGUGGCCUGCAGCUCCGAGGGUGGCCUGCUGCCUUCCUGUCAUGAGUGACACCUGUAUUAUGGUUUCCGGUUCGCGUAGGACCGUUUCAAUCCGUGUCUAGGUGCAUCCGUGCUGGAGCGAGCAAGCCAGCAUCCUUGUCCUUAUGCCUUGGGAAGCUGAGGGGACAGCACUCCCUGAACUUGUUUCUGACACUAAAACGUAAUAGAUUGGAAACUGUUUUGCGUAAAAUGAAAAAAAAAAAAAAAGGUGCAUUUUUCUGUGUG